UAGGCCGCUGGCGGCCGUUGCCGUGGAAACGCGGCGCUGUUUACCACCGAGGACGGGACCGGCUGCGAGCGGGGCUGCUGGAUGGAGCCGCGGCGAGAUUUCAGGCUUGAAAAUCUGCGACUCCCCGGAGGUGCAGGUUGAGAUCCUAUCAGACUGACUGGCCUGUUGAUCCUUGGGAGCUUUUGAGCUGUCAGUCCUUUUGAGCCGAUGGAGCAUCUUCUGUAUGCGUCCUGAGAAGCAAUGGCUGCUGCCUCGCACCUGAAGAUCCCACCCUCUAAACGGAAGACCUCCUUCGGCCUCGCAAAGCCCUCCGCCUGGCAGCCAAGCCCCCUCGCCAUGCACGUCACGCGGCCGAAAUCGGCAAAAGGGCGCACGAGGUCGAACCUGAGCUACUCCCACAGCGUGGAGGCCUAUUCCUACCAGGUGCCAACGUCCCCUCAGCCGCUAGCUCCCUGCGAAGACGCCGUCAGCAGCCGGCGGGCCUCCUCCUCACAGCAGCUGUACCAGCCCGUGCAGGUGUUCCCCGCCGAAAUCUCAGACCACCUCCAGCAGGUGCCCAUGAGAACUUCCUCCUCGUUGAAUAAGUACAGAGUGCUCCCCUCCAUCAGCCGGAAGGAGCUGAGGAAGAGUGCCGUGGAAGUGAUGUCCGAACAGGCUGGCCACCUCCAGGUGAGCGCGCAGCAGGAGGAGGAGGAGCAGCAGGCCCGCAGGGAUCUCCCCUCGGCGGGGAAGGGGCCCACGCCGAUCCUGGCCCCGCACACAGGGGGCAGCGGGGAAUACGCCCAGGCGCCACCGCUUCCUUUGGAGACGAAGCCCGCGAGCCAAGCCAGGGAAGGCGCCUCUCCCGCCCCGGCGCUGAAUUUGCAGGAGCCCGGCGACAAGGAGCCGAGGUUGCUGCUGGCCAUCCGCUCUCCUUCGGGCCACCGGUUCGAGCGCCACUUCCGGCCGACAGACAGCCUGCAAACGGUCCUGUCGGCGGCGGAGCGGCAGAACUCGGCGGUGUACGAGCACUGCAGCGUCGAAACCGUGGAAGUGCCUCGGAGGACCUUCUCCGACCUCGCCAAGUCCUUGCAAGAGUGCGCCAUCGUCCACAAGUCCGUGCUGUGCAUUCUGCAGGAAGAGGGGGACCUUUGAGGGGGGGCGUUCUUUGCAUUAAAUGCCGCUGGAGCCUGUGGGUUUUCUCCCGGCGUCCGCUCCUUUAGACGACGCCAAGGCUUGCCCUCUGGCGUCCCCGCUUUUUCCAGGCUCCUCCUUGCGUGCCCGAAAGGAGCGUCCGGGGCCGUUCUGUGUUUAAAGCAUUGCAUUGAACUCCCCUUCUGUGCUCCUUCCCCUUCAGCCCAGCUCCCAAUAGAUCCCAUGCCAUUUUUGUAGGUUGCCAAGUUGCGUUCAAAAUAGUCUGUUCUGCUCGGAAGUUGUAAGAUUUUGACUCCCGUUUUCCAGUGGGAGGGUCGGUUUUUGUUCUUCAUUCGGCUCUUGGAAUAGAUCUUAUUUUGCCCCAAUUAAAAAAAAACUAGAUGAGUGGAUGGUAAAGAAGGACGUAAACAGGCACAGUCCACCAGGAAGUUCUCUUUCACGAGCCCUGUUGAGCGAAAUUGUCAUUUGCCCAAGCAGCUGCUGUUCAAUGGGGCCUGUGGAAGAAAGCUUUGCGGAGGUUGUGCCCAGGGCUUCAUCGUCUUUAGUUCCCCCAUUCAAGAAAGGCUUUCCCAACCUGGUGCCCUCCAGAUGUGUUAGACUACAAAUCCUAGCAUCCCCAGUUAUUAUGGCUGGCUAGGGAAUGCUGGUAGUUGUAGUCCAAGCAUCUCAAGGGCACCAGGUUGGGGAAGGCUGUGUUAAGCAAAACUGUCUUUGCUCACCCUACCUGGGUUUGCUGCUGUAUUUUAAUUUUGUUUUUCUUUCAUGAGAUUAUGGCACAAAUUCGACUGGAACAAUCCUAACAAAGUGGGUUUAUCUGGUACAAAUUUGAAUUUCAGUGUUGUUUGGCAACAGGUACAGAACUGUUGCUUUUUUUAAAAAAAAAUAGAAAUGAGUUAGCUGCACAGUUGUUGAUUUGGUGUUCUGUCAUCAGUCGGGUUUUGCCUGGGUAUGAGCAAGUGGCUUCUCUUGAAAGCUGCUCUCUUUUUUGCAAAAAAAACGAAUCAACCUGUUUUGAUUUAAGACUGGGCCUGUUUGUAUUUGUCAAAAUGCCAUUUUAUAUCUGUAUUUUAAAGCCGGAUUUUAACGUGUUGAAGAAAACCCUUCUCCUGCCCACAUGCAGGGUUUAAAAUCCAGGUAUUCUACGAAAAAUGGAUUAAGCUCAAGGAGCGGACAGCCUGCCAAAACCGUCUGCUUCCCCAAGUGUUAAUGUCUUGCCUCACAGAGACGGCCAAACUAACCUGAGGGGUUGGUAGCAAGUUUGCCUCCCCUCUGAUUGCAGCUGCUGAAUAGGCCACGACCUGACAACGUUGAGACAGAGGGUCAGGCUGAGCAGAGCAGGCGGCUUGGUCAUUUCUUCCUCCUCUCUCGGGCGGUCACGUUUCCCCUAAUCUAUUCACAGGCCAGGUUACUUAGAUGCCCGCCUUUGCUUUGGCUACAGCGCCGGGUUUCUGUCUUUGCAGAGGCCUACACGCUGACUGCUCUCUUCAGCUAUAAGCGGUGAAGAGAAGCCAGCAACAGCAGGAUGGGCUGACAUGCCACACAUCAGUACCCCACAGUUUGGCAGAAAAGAGGGGGGGGGGAAGCAAAACUAGCUAGCUGUUCUGGGCCGUCAGCUUUGAAAUCUUGGCGAGAGGCAGAGAUGUCAGUUCUGGACUGAAUAUUCGCCUGCAAGUCAAGAGGCAGCCAGGCAGCCUGAGAAAUUGACCUGCAUGGUGGACGGCCCUUCUUAACUCAUGCAGCAGGAUCAAAGAGGUUGGGGAAAGGGUCCUGGUCUGUUGACCGGGGGGCAGCACAGGGCCCACGGCGAAGGUACCGUCAGCAGCCUGCCGUGCUCAGGCGUCACUUGUCACCAACUUAGCAGCAGUAGUAAGCAGAGCAGGGGGACAAAGUAAGUUUCCUACAACUAAGUUCUCCGGGGAGCUGACGGAGGGCGGUCUCUCAACCUGCGAAAGAGCACGCUGUUUUGAAAUCCCAGGCGCAAGGACAAGAACCACCACGUUGUAUUAUUUGCAGGGGCUGCAGACUUGCCCUGAAAACAUUCUUUUCUCCCCCUUAGUAGGGGGGAAGUCAGGCUUAAAACAGUGUACAGGUUACUGUAUUUUGGGUGGGGGCGGGGCGUAUAUGCUUUUUGCACUUAAAUAAUUUGGAAACAUGUUGCGUGUGCUGUUAGAUCAAAUAAAGAUAUUCUGGGUGUAAUGAUUUUUUUAAAAAAAUUAUUUAGCCCCAUUUUAAGUAUUGUUUUUGCCUUCUUAUUUUAUACCUGCUAUGAUAUCAGCGACUGGACAAUUGAGUAAGCCAAAGGUUUUUACUUGUUUCUGUGCUCUAUUCUUGCUGG